AUGGGUGCUGAACUUCAUUACACACAAAGGGGAGGUGACAUUACAUUUCAUGGCCCUCAUCAAGCCAUUCUAUACCCUAUUAUUUCCUUAAGAGAAAUCGGUUUAGGAGCUAGGAAAUAUGUUGAAAAUCUUGAGUCAACCAUGAUUGACUUAGCUUCUAUUUAUGGGGUCAAAGCUCAUGGUCAAAGGAAAUGUGAAACUGGGGUUUGGGUUGGUGAAAGAAAGAUUGGUGCAAUUGGAGUUAGGAUUUCAUCUGGGAUUACAUCACAUGGUUUAGCUUUUAAUAUUGAUCCUGAUUUGAGUUAUUUUAAACAUAUUGUGCCUUGUGGAAUUGCUGAUAAAGAUGUCACAUCUUUGGCAAAAGAGACUGAUAUUGUGCUUCCUGAUGAAGAAGUGGUUCAAGAACAGUUGGUUUCUUGUUUUGUGAAGUUAUUUGGUUAUGAAAAUGUUGUUUGGAAGAAGAAAGAAUUAUCAAGAUUGAUGGAUGAUUAG